CGCGCCGAUUCACAUAUCGGCUAACCCUAGCUUUACCCUUUUUCUUCGUCAACAUCCCAAAUUUCCCCCUUUUUUUAACCCGUUUUUUCUCUUUCGAUUCGAGAUUGAUUUCUUCUAUCCAUCAUCAAAUUUCCAUUCCAUUUUUUCAAUUCUCUUUAUUCUCUUUCGAUCUAUAUCUUUCUCGCCUCUGGUCGUUGAGAUCUUCGAUUUUGAGAUAAUCAUGGUGCAAAAACGGCCAUUUGACCAGGAGUUGCAGGAGCUUUCAUCCAAGCAACCUAGGCAUGUAGAGCCUAGUGAUCAGCUAGCUUCUUUGGGGGUUUCUCAGGAACCAAUCGCUUUGAAGUCUCACUCAUCAGGUGAAGGUGAGGACACUCCAUUGAAAAGCCAAUUCACAAGUGAGGAGAAAUUUGAUAGUGCAUGUGCUACUGAUGUUCGUAGCUCUGAGAGAGACAUAGAGCCAGGCAUUCCUGGUUCUGCUUCGAAUUCGUCCUGGGCUACUAGCAGCACUAGUGAAGAAGAUGUUAAGUCAGAGGGUCCUUAUCACAUUUUAGUGUCUCCUGAGCAUUACAAUCUUGACGUUCCAUAUAGGAAUGUUUCUCGCUCAAAACUGAUAUAUUCUUCUCUUAUGAGAAGUCCGCCUCGAAAGUUGGUUCCUAUCGGUCCUGAUUACCAGGCAGAUUUACCAGAUUUUGUUGGACAUGAGAAGAAGAAAACCUGUUAUUCAGAGGAAACAUGUAAAGCAGAUAUUACUUCCCAAGCUUUGGAGUCGGAUAGCAAUGGCCAUCUUAAUGAUGAUGAUAGACUUGCUGGGACCUGUAUCAUUCCCAUGCCCAAAUUGGAAUCUGCUGGAUACAAUGAUGAGAGUGUUGGAACUGGGAGUGGAAGUGGUGAUUGUCUUUGUGAAGAUGCAGGUUCCAUUAGAUGCUCUCGACAGCAUGUUUUUGAAGCAAGAGAAAAACUUAAAACAGUACUUGGGGAGGAGACUUUUGUCAAGCUGGGUUUUUAUGAUAUCGGUGAGGUAGUGGCAUUAAGGUGGAGUGAAGAAGAACAGGAAUUGUUUCAUGACAUUGUCUUUUCAAACCCUGCAUCAUUGGGUAAGAACUUCUGGAACCAUCUCUCCGCUGAGUUUCCUUCUCGGACUAUGAAGCAAAUAGUGAGUUACUACUUUAAUGUCUUCAUGUUGAGAAGGCGAGCCGAGCAGAAUAGGUUUGACCCCUUGAAUGUUGAUAGUGACAAUGAUGAAUGGCAUGCACCUGAGGAGUCUUCUGGUGAUGAAGCUAAAAUGACUGACGAAGAUGAAGACUCGGUUGUUGAAUCACCUGUUUAUCUUGAUGAUUAUGGCCGCAAUGAGAUCUACAGGGCGUAUGAUGAUGUCGGGCUCCCUAUCUGGGAAGAAUACAGGGAUAUUAGCAAUGAGACAAAUAAGGCUGUCAAUUAUGAAUCAGUAAAAUGCGCUGAUAAUGUAUUUGGGAAGUGCAGUUCUGAACCAACAGCAAGGAACGAGGACAGAGAUUUUCCAAACGGUUUGGGAGAUGAAAAUGGCAAUUGUACUAGCGUUACUCCAAAAGCACCACAUGUGAAGUCUGAUAUUGGCAAAGAUUGGUCACGAAGUUUUGUGGGUAUGGGCAGUGACAAUGGUCAUGAUUUUGUGUUGGAGCCCUGUAGUGGCAAGGAAUGGGAUGUCGGGUUCUUUAGCUGCCCUAAAAGCAAAGUCGAUUUGUUGCCUACUUGCACUAUGAUUGAAGAAGUAUUUGGGGACAAGGACUGGAAUUACUCGAGUAGAGGAGGAGAUGGCCAUGGCUCAAGCUAGUUUUUCAAUCUUGAUUCCUGCAAAGCCAAAUCGAAAUCGACCUGGAGGUUACGUUUUUUUUGUCUAGGUUAGUUUCCAAUUUGCCACAUCCAAAGUGGUGGAAUAUGGAUUUUGUUUAUCCUGGAUGUAAGAUAUGAUAUGAUGUUCUCCAAGAUGGGCAUGAACAUUUUUCAAGUUGUAUACUAGCCAUCUGUUUUGCUCCUCCGUAAACACGUACUAGGUUGUCUGUUUGCUGUAGGGAGUUGAAGGUGGUAGGAUCAUCCUCCUAGGUUUUUAUAUAUGUAUAUACAUAAAAGCAAUGUGACUCAAUUGAGCAUUAUCGCCACAAAACAUGAAAAAAAAAAAAAAAACGAAAAGUUCAAAGAAUUUUCAAUCUAUGUUCUUUUUGUUUCUUCUGUAUACU